GUAGUCGGGUGACCCAAUCGACGCUUUGUCAUUUUCGGAUAGAGAUUUCCCGUGCUGAGGAGCUCAGGUGGCCAGGUUUCGAAUUCCAGAGAGUACUCUUCAAUGGCUUCUUUCGACCGUCUCCACUCGUAAAACCCUAAACCCGAGCUUCCAACUGCUUCGUUCUACUCUUCAUUGAGUUCCGAGAAAUGGCUAUGGGAGUUUCAAAUGUCUUGCAGUUUUCUACAUCAAGGUUCUCCCGAAGGAGUUGCAUCCCUGAAGUUUCAGUUUCAAAUGUUCCUGCUUCGUUUGUCAGGUUUCCUAGAAAGCUUUCACGAAGUUACGUGGUGAUGUCUGCUGCUUCAUCAGCUGCAGGAAGUUCCAGUCCAGAUAGCGAAAUAAACCCUUAUGAGGUUCUUGGUGUAAACCCCAUAGAAGGAUUUGAUAUGAUUAAGGCAGCAUAUGCAAGGAAACGCAAAGAAGCUGAGAGAAGAGGUGAUCAAGUAACUGUGGAUAAAUUAGAGAGGGCAUAUGAUAAAGUCAUGAUGGCACAACUAACAAAUAGGAAGAAGGGUGUGACAUUUGGUUCGUUCAAGGUAUCAAAGGACAUCAAAUACGCUGAUAAGCAGCCAAUUGUACCUUGGGGACCACGGUUCACCAAGUCUAGUGUAACGGACAUGCGCAUCAAUAUGGCAAUAUCUGCUUUGUUUACAGCUUGGAUCAUAAUCAAACAGAAUGCUGAAUGGAAGCCACUGCAGUUUUUAGCUUUUGCAUUUGUCUACAGAAUAUUUGAAAAGUUAAAAGUCUUUGAACCACCUGUAUCUCCAACAUUUACUGAAGAUGGUGAGGAUGAAGGUAGGGCUUUGCGAAUGGGAAAACGUCUUCUUCGUUCUCUUGCACUGGUUUUUGGCUGCAUUGCUGCUUCAUCCUUGGGCUUCACAGGCAUUCUUAACCUUAUUGAGUUUCUGGGUCAGUACAUACCUGCUUUCCUCUACAAUAACCAGGAGCUAUUUGUUACCGUUUCAACUGCUGUUAUGCUUUAUAUAAUGGCAUCAUAUUACAGAUGAUAUGCAGUUUCAGAGGAUAUGGGUGAUUUGGUUCUAUUCUCUGUUGAAUUCUGCUGUUAAAUUUUGCCACAUGAGUUGAACUUCCAAUUGGGGCGUGAGAGAGGAAAAAUGAGCUUUUUGAUCGAUUGUAUUAAAUCUCUUUUCUUCAAAUUUUGAAUAGAGCUAAAACCUCCAAUUGGAGCGUGGGGAAGGAAAAUAUCUCUGAUCUCUGCUCCCCUCCCAAUGAAGGAUUAUGCCUAUUUCAUUUAAUAAUAUCUUGGUGUCGAGUAUUUUCUAUUCCUAUCAUUGGAUCAAAGCAUUUAAGACAUUUACUAUAGAGACGUACACAUCCA